AGUUAGGAAGUAAUAUGGUAAUACCACAGGCAAAAAUGGCUUCAGUCCUGAACUCUCCUUUGUGGAAACCUGUCUUCAGGCAUCAGAUUUGUCCAGAGUUGGAAUUAGAAGCAAGCUGGCCCACUCACCCACACCAGGAUAGGAAGGAGGUUAAGAGCAUUCCUGAUGAUCCCUGCCGCCAUUUUCUCCUUGAUUUUGCCCAGUCAGAGCCUGCUCAGAACUUCUGUGGGCCAUAUUCAGAACUUUUCAAAGGAUUCAUACAGGCAUGUAGAAAACAGGCCCCAAAGACAGAUAUAGUUGCUGGUUCCACUAUUGAUCAAGCUGUGAACGCCACCUUUGCUGCUCUGGUGUAUCGCACUCCAGACUUAUAUGAGAAGCUGCAAAAAUAUGUAAACAGCCAGGGCAAGGUAGCCCUGAGUGAAGAGUUUGCACAGGUGUAUUCUUUGGCGGAUGGGAUUCGAAUAUGGAUGUUAGAGAUGAAACAGAAGUCCCUGAUGAGCCUGGGGAGCGAGGCAGAAGAAAAACACAGUUUGGAAGCGACUGAGGCAAAUCCAGAGAGCCUGGCAAAAGAGUGUAUUCAGAAAAGUCUUCUAUUACUAAAAUUUUUGCCCAUGGCUAAAAGUUCAAAAGAAAGCAGUGACAAGGUGGUGACUGCUGAUGAAACUGAUCAUCUCCAGCCACUUGACAGGCGCCAGAGGACAAGCUCUGUGGUCGAAGAGCAUUUCCAAGCCUCAGCGUCACCCACUGAAACAGCAGCCCCAACUGUAGGAGACAAGAGUCCUGGCUUGGAGAUCCCACCAAAGUUGCCACCCAGCAGUGGCCCUCCCACUGCAGAACCUUCUACAGCUGAAGAGCCCUCAUCACCUUCCACACCUACCCGGCGGCCCCCCUUCACUCGAGGGCGACUCCGGCUGCUCUCCUUCAGAUCCAUGGAGGAGGCCAGACCAGUGCCCACAGUGAAAGAGAAAUACCCAGUUUUAAAGGAUGUCAUGGACUUCAUUAAAGAUCAGUCAAUCUCUCAUGAGAGUGUUGUAAAGGUUCUUUCCUUGAGGAAAGCCCAAGCCCAGAGCAUCCUGGAAGUCCUGAGGAUAAUUCAGUACUGUACAGAGUCUCUUGGGCAGCCUCACUGCUUCCAUCCACCAUAUAUACUUUUCCUGUUGGAACUCCUGACCUGUCAGAAAGAUUUUACCAAUUACUUUGGACACUUGGAAGGCUGUGGUGCUGAUCUACACAAAGAAAUUCGAGACACUUACUAUCAACUUGUUAUGUUUUUGGUCAAAGCAAUUAAAGGAUUUAAUAGCAUAAAUGACAGAUCCCUGCUGCCUGCCUUAUCCUGUGUUCAGACAGCCCUGCUUCAUCUGUUGGAUAUGGGCUGGGAACCCAGUGACCUUGCCUUCUUCGUUGACAUUCAGUUACCAGAUCUCCUCAUGAAAAUGUCACAGGAAAAUAUAAGUGUCCAUGACAGUGUGAUCAGCCAGUGGAGUGAAGAAGAUGAGCUUGCUGAUGCCAAGCAGAACUCAGAGUGGAUGGAUGAGUGUCAGGAUGGCAUGUUUGAGGCCUGGUAUGAAAAAAUAGCCCAGGAGGAUCCAGAGAAGCAGAGGAAAAUGCACAUGUUUAUUGCUCGCUACUGUGAUCUGCUAAAUGUGGACAUCUCUUGUGAUGGGUGUGAUGAGAUUGCUCCCUGGCAUCGCUACCGGUGUCUACAGUGCAGUGACAUGGAUCUGUGCAAAACUUGCUUCCUAGGUGGAGUGAAGCCUGAGGGCCAUGGAGAUGACCAUGAAAUGGUCAACAUGGAAUUUACCUGUGACAACUGCCAGGGUUUGAUUAUAGGCCGGAGAAUGAAUUGCAAUGUGUGUGAUGACUUUGAUCUUUGCUAUGGAUGCUAUGCCGCAAAGAAAUAUUCCUAUGGCCAUUUGCCUACCCACAGCAUCACAGCCCACCCCAUGGUGACCAUUCGGAUCAGUGACCGGCAGAGGCUCAUCCAGCCUUACAUCCACAACUACUCCUGGCUGCUCUUUGCCGCCCUGGCUCUCUAUAGUGCACACCUGGCCAGCACAGAGGUUGUAGAUGGGGAGAGACUGGACCCCCAGGCCCACAGCAAUGCCAUCAUCCUGCGGAGCCAGUGCAUGCAGCUUGUCGGCGACUGUCUGAUGAAGGCUCACCAGGGGAAAGGUCUUAAAGCUCUCGCUCUUCUUGGUAUAUUGCCAGAUGGUGACUCUACGCCAGAAAACCAAUCCCUCCCACUUAGCGUACCUACCCGCACAUCAGAGGAACAGCUAGAGAAGAAAGUGGUCCAGCCUGCUGAGGAGCCGGCAGAGGCAGGCUCUUUUGUGCACUGCAAUGGAAGGAGAGCUGCAGACAAGGAAAUCAGACCUUUGGAUUACAAGCAGAGAAGUAAGGCAAAUGCAGGUAUCUUGUUCAUGAAGGAUCAUUCAGGCCAGACCCACACUCCAAAUGUACCUGCAGAUGCUCACAUACCUCCAGGACUUCCAGAUGCUGAAAAUUCAGAAGUGUCACCUCAGGAGCCAAUAGAGGAAAAGGCAGUUACUCCCAACCCUGAGCAGGUGUUCGCUGAGUGUUCCCAGAAGAGGAUUUUGGGAUUACUAGCAGCCAUGUUACCUCCCCUAAAGUCGGGUCCCACAGUUCCCCUGAUAGACCUGGAGCAUGUCCUCCCACUCAUGUUUCAGGUUGUCAUCUCCAAUGCAGGCCACCUGAAUGAAACCUACCACCUCACCCUGGGUCUUCUUGGCCAGUUAAUCGUCCGUCUUUUACCAGCAGAGGUAGAUGCCGCAGUGAUCAAGGUUCUCUCAGCCAAACACAACCUGUUUGCUGCAGGGGACAGUGCCAUUGUGCCAGAUGGCUGGAAGACCACCCACCUACUCUUUAGCCUGGGAGCUGUAUGUCUAGACAGCCGGGUGGGCCUAGACUGGGCAUGCUCCAUGGCCGAGAUCCUGCGGUCACUCAACAGUGCCCCUCUGUGGCGAGACGUCAUUGCCACCUUCACAGACCACUGCAUCAAGCAGCUGCCUUUCCAGCUGAAGCACACCAAUAUCUUCACCCUGCUGGUGCUGGUUGGCUUCCCUCAGGUUCUUUGUGUGGGGACCCGCUGUGUUUAUAUGGAUAAUGCCAAUGAGCCCCAUAAUGUGAUCAUCUUGAAGCACUUUACUGAGAAGAACAGGGCUGUGAUUGUGGAUGUCAAAACUCGGAAAAGGAAAACAGUGAAAGACUACCAGCUGGUCCAGAAGGGAGGAGGACAAGAAUGCAGUGACUCUCAAGCCCAAUUGAGCCAAUAUUCCCAGCACUUUGCCUUUAUCGCCAGUCACCUUCUGCAAACCAGCAUGGAUAGCUAUUGUUCCGAGGCUGUAGAAGCAACUUGGAUCCUAUCCCUGGCCCUCAAAGGUUUAUACAAAACACUAAAGGCUCAUGGUUUUGAAGAAACCCAUGCAACCUUUCUUCAGACUGAUCUGCUGAAGCUGUUGGUGAAAAAGUGCAGCAAAGGAACCGGUUUCAGUAAAACAUGGCUCCUCCGGGACCUGGAAAUUCUGUCCAUCAUGCUGUAUUCCUCAAAAAAGGAGAUCAGCACUCUGGCUGAACAUGGAGAACUUGAACUGGAUGAGCGAGGGGACCAAGAGGAAGAGGUGGAACGACCAGUCAGUAGUCCUGGAGACUCAGAUCAGAAAAAGCUAGACCCUCUGGAAGGCCUGGAUGAGCCCACCAGAAUAUGUUUCUUGAUGGCUCAUGAUGCCCUCAAUGCCCCUCUGCACAUUCUCCGGGCCAUAUUUGAGCUGCAGAUGAAAAAGACCGAUUCUUUCUUCCUGGAAGUUCAGAAGAGGUUUGAUGGAGAUGAGCUCACCACAGAUGAAAGGAUACGGUCUCUGGCUCAGAGGUGGCAGCCCAGUAGAAGUUUGAGACUGGAAGAGCAGAGCGCCAAAGCUAUGGAUACAGACAUGAUUAUCUUGCCAUGCUUGUCCUGGCCUGCACGCUGCAACCAAGCCACUGCUGAAUCAAACCCUGUGACCCAGAAGCUGAUCUCCAGCACGGAGAGCGAGCUACAGCAGAGCUACGCCAAGCAGCGCCGUAGCAAGAGUGCUGCCCUCCUGCACAAGGAGCUGAACUGCAAGAGCAAGAGGGCUGUCCGGGACUACCUCUUCCGAGUGAAUGAAGCCACAGCUGUCCUCUAUGCCCGCCAUGUGCUUGCCUCCCUGCUAGCCGAGUGGCCCAGGCAUGUGCCAGUGAGCGAGGACAUCCUGGAGCUAAGUGGCCCUGCACACAUGACCUAUAUUUUGGAUAUGUUCAUGCAGCUGGAGGAAAAACACCAGUGGGAGAAGAUCCUACAGAAGGUGCUGCAGGGCUGCCGAGAGAACAUGCUGGGGACCAUGGCCCUGGCUGCCUGCCAGUUCAUGGAGGAGCCAGGAAUGGAGGUGCAAGUGAGGGAAUCGAAACACCCCUAUAACAACAAUACCAGCUUUGAGGAUAAAGUUCACAUUCCUGGUGCAAUCUACCUCUCAAUCAAAUUUGACCCUCAGUGCAACACAGAGGAAGGCUGUGACGAAUUAGCCAUGUCUAGCAGCAGUGACUUUCAGCAGGAUCGACACAAUUUCAGCGGGUCUCAACAGAAAUGGAAAGAUUUUGAGCUUCCAGGAGAUACUCUGUACUACCGAUUUACCUCUGACAUGAGCAACACUGAGUGGGGCUACAAAUUCACCGUGACAGCUGGACACCUAGGGCGAUUCCAGACAGGGUUCGAGAUUUUGAAACAGAUGCUGUCAGAAGAAAGGGUCGUGCCUCAUCUCCCAUUGGGCAAAAUUUGGGAAUGGCUGGUGGGCGUUGCUUGUCGCCAAACUGGUCACCAGCGACUAAAAGCCAUCCACUUACUUCUGAGGAUUGUGCACUGUUGCACCCACAGUGAUCUCUGUGACCUUGCACUGUUGAAGCCACUGUGGCAACUCUUUACCCACAUGGAAUACGGCCUGUUUGAGGACGUGACCCAACCUGGCAUCCUCCUCCCCCUACAUCGUGCCCUCACUGAGCUCUUCUUUGUCACGGAGAACCGCGCCCAGGAGCUUGGCUUGCUGCAGGAGUACCUGCUGGCCUUAACCACGGAUGAUCACCUUCUCCGCUGUGCAGCACAGGCUUUGCAGAACAUCGCUGCUAUCAGCCUGGCCAUCAACUACCCAAACAAGGCCACCCGCCUCUGGAACGUCGAGUGUUAGCUUCCAUGUGAUAUGCAUGGGUCUCACUAACCUGUCCACAGGGGUUUAGAGCAGACAUCCAGCCUCAUUCAGGAAAACUCACAUGGCCUCAACGCCCAGCUUUCCUCAAGCUCACUUCAGAUGCCAGGCAGCCUCAUCUCCGAUAACUCCCUGCAUGCAGGCUCGGUGUGUACACAGGUCAUUGCACAUGAGAACAAGCAACACAGGGCAGAGUGACUUGAGGAAGGGCAGGCAGGGGGCCCUUAGGAAGGCUGUUGAGAGACCAGCCUCCUCCAGGGGCUGUCUGUACAGAAGCUGAUGGCAUGGGAAGGCCUGGAAGCAGCCUCUCUGGAAAGGUUCUAUCUCUGCUGAGCUGGAGCCGCCCAUACUCAUCAUAGGGGGAAGGCACCAGCCGCCCAGAGCCACCCUCAUAGUGAGACUGUAGCAGUGGCAGCUUGCCUGGGAGCCCCCCUUGCUUUUUCUUCUUGAGACUCAGAAAUCAAAACCAAACCACAACUGGCACGAGCCCUGCCACCACUGAUCCCCGAGCAUUCCGAACAGGACCCAUUGUCCUAGAUCCUGCACUCCCAGCUGUCCCGGAGGACUCCCCGGUGAAAACAAGUGCCCUUGGGAACAGCCAGCAGGCCACCUUGCACGUCCGCCCCACACCGGCUCCCAGCACUUCAGAUUUUUUCAGUUGGUUGUUCUGACAUGUUUUAGUUUCCAUCUCGCGUUUUCAGAACAGAACUGUAUUGACUCACCGAGAGGGCCCCUAGGGAAUGACCUGGGGCUUGGUGGCUCAGGGGACAAGCUGGUAUGCUUGAAAGUAGCAGAGCUGGAGGAAUCCUCUAGCCUCGGUACCUGCAGGCUUGCAGUGCUUCAGAGGAGGUCUUAUUUUAGGAGAAAUGAUUUUAUUUCUGCUUGAUGGUCAUGGUAGUCCGUCACGUCUGCCACCAGUGGGGCCCUGCAUGGUUGCUUGGCUGUCACUUGUCUAGCAAUAACUACAUUAGUUCUAAUGAAUGCUCUUCUCAAUUUUAUUUUUAUGGUUUUAGCUUUGCCCUGAAGUGCUAAUUAUUCUCUUUCCAGAGCCACACUUUAGAGUGUGAAGCUGGAUUGGCAUGUGGGCCAUGGACCAGCCUCAGUGGCACUUGCAGGAAUGAAGAAUGCCUGAGGUGGCUAUCAUUCAAAGACAGGUGUCUGGGUCAGAGGCACAUCACCACACAAGGCCGAACCAAGGAAGGGCCAAACAUGACCAAUUGUAUUCACCAUGGCGCACUGUGCCCCUUGGCCUCAAUCUACAGAGGCAGAUAUGUGCAGCCGUGGGAGCAACUUCCUGCAAGGGCACUUUUGCUUCUAGCUGAGAAGACCAAGAUGCAUUGUCCUUCCCAUCCUAGAAUUAGUUUCUCAGCCAAGCCCCAGGGUACAGGGGAAAUGGUCACAGAGUGGGAGGGGCUGGGAUUCAGAGGGGACAGGAAGAAAGGCAGCAGUGACCUAAGGUGCAGUGACCUAAGGUGCACUGCCUUGAUGUUGGGGGUGGGGCCUGGCCUGGUUCCCCCACUGCUGGGAUGUAGGGAGUUCUAUCCCCACAGGUUCGGUGGAAACCCCUUGCUCACCUUUUGCUCUUUACCAAACCAACCUUGCUCUGUGAGCUUCCUGAACACCAGAGAAGAUCCAUGGUCUGUGCCACCCUCACCCAAAAAGGUCUCAAUACGGAGAAGUUUCUAGAGAGGGCAAUCAAAGAUCAAGUCUCAGUGCUUGGAGGAGAGGCCCCACUGUGGGCUCAGACUCAAUGAGGGACAGCCUGGAAAAUAGACAAGGAGAUGGUGCCACCCAUACCCCUCCACACCUUGGACUGACCUGAGUUUAACUGGGCAGAUGGGAAGGGCAGGGCAGAGUCGCUCCCUCAGCAGUGCCCACCAGCUUUACUCCACCCUCCCACCAGGAAGAGCAAUUGUAAAUAAACGCUGGACUCCUCAGAGCUUCUCUCUGUUCGCCACUCUUGCUGUUUGGGUCUCUCUGUACUUCGUUUGCAUAGAACAAGCCUAGGUUUUCCCUUCACACACAACUGCUGCCAUCUGGCAGGGCCUCUCCUGGCCUGGCCUGACCUAGCCUCCCUACAGACCAUCGCUGCCUCUGCUUCUGAUCACCAGGUGGCGCCGUCGAGCCAUACCCCACUUUCCUGGUCCCCAACCCAGAGCAGCAGAAUCCCAAAGGACUUCCAUCAAGGCCAACAUCCCUGUGACCCUUUUUAAGAAGCAAGACUGCUGGAAUGAGAUAAAACUGGCAGGAAUAUGGUGUCGUGGAAACAUGUGCCUAAUCUAUAAAGAAAUUCUGUUCUAAAUCAUAUAUUGUACAGACACUGUUCCUAAUGAGAGGAGUGACUUAUUUUCAUCAUCGUUUUUAAUUUGUUUUCUUACAGGUUUACGAUUUUGAAUUUUUCUUAUUUGGUUGAAAGAAAGAAUUUUGAUUAUAUCAGCUGAGUGAGUUCAGCCUAUAAAAAGGAUGUUAAGUUGUGGAUAAAAUAUGCAAAUAAAGAGAAAUAUAUUGUACAAA